ACAUUUCCGAAUAUAAAGAAUAAGUGGCCUCACCUUAGUCCCACCGCCACCGAAACUGCUUCCCAGCCUAUCCUCUCUCAGUGCUGUUCCCUGCGCAGAGAGAGAGGGGGAGAGAGAGAGGGGAUGGACGGAGAUGAGAAGAUUGGAUUAAUGCUGGGUCGCGCAUCGCGGCUACGCCUCAAGAUAACCGACGCAAUUGACAUCAGCGGUGCCAAAGGAAUUGGAAGGGAGUGUGAUGCAGAGGAGAGUCUCUUUGGCAUCGGAGAAGCCAUGGAGUCCCUGGAGAAACAACUUGCUUCCUUGCAGGAUUUGCAGCAGCGACAAAGACAUGAAAGAGAAGCAGUCUUAACCCAAAUUGAUCACAGCCGCAAGGCACUGUUCAUCAAGCUUGAAGAGUACAAGGGAGAGGAUCUUGAAAUCAUCCAUGAGGCUGCAGCCUUUGCUAGAGAGAAUGUUGAGCAGGAUGGUGCUUUCUUCCUUCCUCAAUAUCCUUCCCACUUUCCUCCUGAUUCGUUUGUUGUUAAGGAUAACGAUCCUUCUUCAUUCUCAUCUAAGAAUAGUCUUACAGUGGACUCCGCACAAAAUAAGCAAAGAAGGAUUAGAUCUGUUUUGGGAUUUAUUGCUAAAUCAGUCCUUAGUUUUGUUGGUAUAGUUUCUGCUUUAAGACUGGCUGGCUUUAAACCGGAAAUCAGAAAAAGAGAUAACUCAAUUAAUCUUUUGGAUUUCUUGCCUAAGACAACAGACGAGGUGAGAGAACUAUCAAUUCAUUGCCCAUCUAGUAAGGUAUUGGUUAUUAAAGAUGGGAAAGCCAGCUGCCUUGUCAAAGAACGUGUAGAAGUCCCAUUUGGCUCAGAUUUUGGAAAUUCCAACAUAAAUAUUGCGUUUGGUUAAAGUUGUCCAAAUUUAGAGUUGUAAAAUUUUAAACUAUAAUGCACAUUUUGGUUCUUUCUA